GAGAACAUCCAGGCUUGGACUCAGCCUACCCGAGGCAUUGUGAGAAUCUGUUUGAACUGGCACGAACCGCACAGGGGUUGAAUAUUUAACUUGUUUUUGGUCAAAGCUAAACAAUUGUGUGUUAAAAAUUAUGUUCUCCCUGGAAAAACAUUACACAUGAGAGAACUGUCUGUAUCUCUCUGGUCAGCAACAGUGGAUGUUGAAAGGAAGAAGAAAAGAGGGCGGAAGGAUGUGGGGGAUGAUCCCAAGACAAAACUCUGCUGACUUCAAGAUCUGGCUGACCUAACUCUUAAUUCCCUGAAGGGAGAAGUCAUUAAAGCUUUGUUAAUGUAGCUCAAGAUACAGCUUGAAGCUUUUUGGGCCCAUGGCCACCCCUACCCACUCUCCACUUGUGAAGCUGCCUCAAAGCCUGAGUCCAUCCGCAAGGCCCCUUUUCUCGGUCAGUCUUUCUGUCUAGCUGAGCUGGAGGUUGCCUUGCAACUGUCAGCAAGUGGGACCUGUUACUUCCUGAGGAUGGAGGUGUCUGUCUUUCUCCUAGAGCCCGGGUUGCUUAUCAGAAUCCAUGCCGCUGAAGAAAACCAACUCUCCUGGUAGCCACCAAUUGCCAGUAUCUCCUAAGCUAAGCAAUGAGAUUUCACGUGUCUGUUUCCCACGCAUAAUGAACACUGGCCAGAGAGCCGCGCAGGUUUGCUGCUGCCAUUGGAGCCGCUCCAUUUGCUGGCCGCUUCACACCCGGGGAACUUCACUCGCCCGAUCCAAGCAGCCUUCAGGGAGCCACGGCUUCUAGUGGUGACUGAUCCCAGGGCUGACCUUCAGCCCUUCACAGAAUCCACAGAAUUUACGUCAACCUGCCCACCAUCGCUCUGUGCGACACAGAUUCUCCUCUGUGGACUUCGCUAUUCUGAGCAACAACAGGGAGCUCACUGAGUGGGCUGUGGUGGAUGCUGGCCCGGCAAGUACUCCAAAUGCGUGGCGCUCUCUCCCGUGAGCACCUGUGUCUGAUCUUUACUUCUGCAGAGACCCAGAGGGUAUUGAGAAGGAGGAGCAGGCUGCUGUUGAGAAGGCCGUGACCAAGGAGGAAUUCCAGGGCGAAUGGACUGUGCCAGCUCUUGAGUUCACCGCUGUUCAGCCUGAGGAGGCAGACUGGUCUGAGGGUGUGCAGGUGCCCUCUCUACCCAUCCAGCAGCUAUAUUUUAGGUAAUUGGACUGGAGAAUUCGAUACUACGAUGGAGCAGCUGAGAGUGGCCAUUGUCAUGGAAAAUUCUACCAGAGUGGACGCAGGACUAGCCACAGGAUUAUCAUCAUGGAUUGCUGCAGCCAUGAAUCAUCUGAAGGAAUGGGCGGGCAUGGGAGCGUUAGCAGGCCUUCUGGUGUUGGUCUCCUUGGUUUGCCUGUGGUAUAUAUGCAAGAUUAGAGUCUCACAACAGCGUAAUGCAGCCAUGACCAUUCAGGCCUUUGAAUGGUCAUUGAAGCAGGACAGUCUCCCCAAGCAUGGUUGGCUACCAUAAAAAGCCAAAAUGUUACGCUCAGGAUGUGAAGCUAAGCACUGCACUCAGGGUCAGCCGCUUUUGACCCAGAGAAGAGCAUGUCUGAUUGCAUGCGGGUUGAUGCCCCAGGUCCCGCCUCUGAGAAAAAGGUAUCGGACAGGUCUGAUGUUCUUUAGGUGGAUGACACCUAAAUGAACAUCGGUACAAAGUCCCAAUUUAUUUCUAAUAUCAGAGAUCAGACCUCUACUCUUGCCUGAUGCAUCUAAAACAAAAAGGGGGAACUGUAGAGAGCUGCGGAAUGCCAUGCCUUAAAGAUGGAGCUGGUUUCCGCCUUCCACCUUCUUGAUGGUGAGUGCUCUCUGUCACAAACAACUCCACAUUUGGCUAAGGCUGAGGAUCUGGCUUGCUUCCAUGUAUGUGGACCUAUCUGCAUUGCCCACGUGGCACGCCUGGGUUGGCUACCCAGAGGCUAUUUAAGCUGUGGGCUGGCUUUCCCCAGGGUCAGAUGAUUGUUCAAGGUUCCUGAAUAAACUGCAUUGAAAAAAAAAAUCCUCCUAUCGGACCUCCCCCAUCAGUGGACUUAGAGAGGGGCAGGGAGGAGAUGAGGGAGGGAGGGUGGAAUUGGGAGGGAAUGAGGGAGGGGGCCACAGCUAGGAUUCAAAGUAAAUAAACUGUAAUUAAUAUAAAAAUUUUAAUUAAAAACUCCUUCUAUCUAGCUGUUUGGGAAUGUACAACUCAUUACCAUUAAAUUCUGUAACCCGUUUGUGCAGUAGUUCAGUCAAUAACAAUUAUUCAUCUAGUCUGUUUGCAAUGACUUUCAAUAAAGGAAGAAAAAAAAAUCACUGCAUGGGAAGGGUGUGGUGGAUCCAAAAGGUAGAAGGCUGUUUUAGGAAUGGGGUUUCUGGAGUGCUGUAGGAGAGCCACAUGACUCUAGUGACUUAGGGGAUGAAGCAGAGACGGAAGCUAGAUGGAGUGAAAAGGAUAGGUGUGAGCUAGACCCAGAACGCCACAACAUAUCUGAGAUUAUGUACAGCCACCAUCAGCUGAGGAACUUCCAAGCCUCUGCUUGUGUAUUCAUAGGGUUGGGCUGCGUUUACCAGUCAUCUGGGGGGUUAAAAAGUACUGAAAACUGGACCCCGUCUCAAAGAAUGCCGUCUUAACAUGUCUGAAGUGGGGUGUGUACUUUCUUUUUUUCUUUUUGAAACUUAGGGCCCUUGGGUAGAUGGCUCAGCUGUCUAAGGUGUCUGAUGCCCAGUCUGAUGACAUGACUUCUAUCUUGAGGACACACGAGGUGGAGAGAUCUGACUCCUGUGAAUCGCUAUGACCUUCUCGUGAGGGCCAUGACACCCACAACUCCUUCCCUAACAUGUGCACAUAAAAAGUAAAUAAAUAAGAGUUAUUUGAGAAGCAUUGAUGUUGGUUCUUCCUUAAAGCUUAUGGUUUCUGAGGAGUCACACAGUGGUUUCCAGUCUCUGUUUCCGGGCCAUUGUGAGGCAGAACAUCCUGAUGACAGCUGGUGACAGAGGACCUUCUUUAUUUCACCUUGUCUGGGAAGCGUAACGUUAGCCUCUUCAGUAUUAUUUCUGAGAACACAGAGGGAGCGAGGACAUACCGACAUUUUGCAUUGAUUAAAUCACAUUUGGGUGUGAUGCAGCCUUCAGUUUCCUGUUUAUCUGGAUUCUUCAUGGCCUUUCUUCUCUUACAGACUGCAGUACACACCCAAGCUAUGGGCUUGAAUGUAGAGAUUAACAUUCAGGUUCCGGAUACAGAAGGCGUGCUGGUCGAGUGUGCUUCAGGAAGUUUGAUUCCACCUGCUGAGAUGAUAUGGAAAGACAGCAAGGGGAACAUAAUCUCACACUCAUCAACAUCUGACAUGCAGGACAAAGCUGGAUUAUUGUAUUUGAAGAGCAGUAUUCUUCUAAAGAACAGAACACAUGGUCCCAUUACUUGCUCCAUUUACAAUGUAACUACUAAGCAGGAGAAAAAGAAAAGUAUUGUCCUACCGGAUGUCCUGUUCAAACCAGAGUAUAUGUCCUUGAUGUCAAACAAACUUCCAUGGCCUAUGAUAUAUUUGAUGAUUAUGCUCCUUCUUAAUUUUCUCAGAGGAAUACUUGUUUUUAUUUGUCCCAGAGAAAAUUCUGUUUCUCAUUUCAUAGAAAAGAAUAUUAAAUUCAAGAAAGAUUGGAAGAAGAAAAUGAGACUUGGCUAUGAGCUUACCUGUGAGUUUCUACUGUUAGUUUUGUAUAUUGCCUUCCUCCCUCUCUACUUAAAGUUCAGGAGCAGAGCUUCUAUUUUGGAUGAUGCAUACCCAUUGUAUGGUAAUUGGCUGUGGGACAUAUGCAUAAUCUUGUCUGUGAUGAUGCUAUUUUUCACUGUGCUCAUUUUGUUUCUACUUUGGACCUUAAACAGUUACCAUCAGAUGCCCCCAUCGCCUUCCACGAGUAAAGACCCUCCUGCAGUUCCCUCAGAGCAAAGUAUCUCUCUGGGUCUGUUGAGUUCUAAGGAAAUGGUAGUGGGAUCCUCACAGAGUUCCUAGAACUGUUUGAAGAAGAGAACAUUCAGCACCAAGAAACUUGUAGAGAAGAUGACUUCAACCCUCUUCAGCCCUUAAAACUGGAUUGCAGUCUCAACUGGGAAAUGAGUCAGUAGAGAAAGACAGAAAAAUAUACUGAUUUGAAAUAUAAAAUUUAUGUCUAUAGGACAUACAAUCAAGGGGGUCUUCUGAUAAAAUUGUGUUCUGUCUAAAAAUGUAGAUCUUUGAAAAUACAUUUUUAACAAAAUAGAAUUUUUCCUCUCUCCAGCUUUAUUCACACACCCUCCUUUCAGCCCUUCUUAUGUCCUCUUCCUCAAAUCGAUAGUCUUGUUUUUAUUAUUAUUGCUAAACACACACACAAGUGUGUGUUUGUGUGUGUGUGUGUGUGUAUAUAUGCAAAAAUAUAUAAAUACAACCUGCUGUGACUGU